CUUUCCGACCCUUUUGUAAAUUCUUAGAGGCCUUUUCAUUGGCGCCGCAGCCGUCCUACCACUUGCACCCAUUUCUACCACCAGAAUGCCCAGCCACGCCCCUUCCACGGCGCCAGACCAUUGAACCUUACAAUGUACACGUGUACUAUGAACAGUGAGUCGCCCAGCAGAUACCGGUAAUCUCCCCAACGACAGCGACAAAGACAAAGCCUACUUGCGAAAAACAAAACUGUGUAAAAAUGGCUUUUACAGCUUGCUGUAUAUUAAUGGUGGCUUUGAUAGCUGCAGUUUCUGGAGAAGUGAAUAUAAAUGUUCUUUUUAAGCCUGAAGAUUGCACGAGAUCUGUGCAGUCAGGGGAUUACUUGACAGUAACCUAUGUGGCAUUCCUCCCCGAAGAAUCGGGCAACGAACGCUUCGACACAUCGGACAACACGGGACCUGUUCACUUUCGCCUAAAUGAUCCUGAAAGUACUGCCAUGCAAGGAUGGCACCAGGGCUUAGAGGGAGCUUGCGUGAGGGAGAAGAGAGAAGUUUUGAUUCCUGCCGGAGAGCUUACCAUGAACCAUCGAUUACCAAACACCAAACCUCCACCAGAAGGAAAAGAUGUUGGUUAUCGUUUUGAAGUGCGAAACAUCAAAGAUACACCUCCAGCAGAGAACCUGUUUAAGAAGAUGGAUUUUGAUGAAAACAAACAGAUCUCAAAAGAUGAGAUGAAGGCUUAUCUAAGCAUGCAGGGCCUUGGGGGAAUGAGGGAAGACGAAACUCUGGAUGAAGCCAUUAAUAAUAUUUUUGAUAACAAAGACCAUGACCGAAGCAAUUCUUUGUCAUCUAAAGAGUUCUUUGGAAACAAUGCCCAUGAUGAGUUAUAGGAUUAAAAGAUAUAUGGAGGAGUCUGGAAUCGGAGGGGUAGAGAAGUUUGAGACUCACAAGGAAGCUAUCGAUCACAUGUUCAAUAAGAUGGAUAAAGACAAAAAUGGAGCUAUUAGCCAUGAUGAGUUUCCAGGACCAAAGCAUGAUGAGUUCUAGGAUCUGGUCCUUGUUGUUCCAUACAGCGUUUAUUAAUGUUACUCAUGACUUGAUACAUUCCUGGAGCAUGUUUUCAGGUGCUAAGCCAGCUACAUAGAGAUAUUCCAGUUACCAUAAGAAAGGAUCACCAGUCGUUCAUAACUUCAUUUGUAACUUACAAAUAGCUUUAUGAAACAUCCACCAGGAGCUAGGUCAGAUGUCUGUUUUAUGUUAGCUUUUAAAGGGAUGAUGGAUAGAACUUAUCAAGUCGUUGCUCUGUGUAUGAAAUAUCUCAUAUCGCUUCUCUAGCUUUUGAAUUUUGCUCCUGCGACAAUUCCUUCCAUAAAAAAUCUGUUAAAAGACAAAGAUUAAACCUAUCUUUCAAAUAUUGAGUAAUCCAUGUAGUCAAACCAAAACUCCUAUUACAACCAUCACCAUAACCUUUAUUCCAUGAGAGAUUAAAAAUGGACCAUUUAUUUUCUUCUCGUUCUCUUUUUCCAAUUUGUUGAUUUUUUCUUCACCUUCUUUGUCAUCUUCUCGUCCUUCUUUUAGCCUUUUCACAGUUGUAAUUUGUAAGUACCAGUAAAAGGUCAUUUGAGAUGAGCUUUUCAAAGACACUGACAUAUAAAGCAUUCAAUAUUUGAUGAUUAUUCAUGUGUUCCUUUUAAAACAUUCUUUUCAUCACAUCCACUGAGAAGUAAUUGUUCACAAUUGGCAUUAUACAGUACCGUAGCCCACAUGAUAGUCAAAAAGCAGACAAUACCACAAAGUCCAAACUUGAUCAUUGACAUACUUUGAUAGUCACCUGGUAUUUCUUUCAUAGAAUUUGAUUUUGAAUUCAACAGGAUGCUAUGUCUGGAAAGCUUAGGCAAGAUCUUCAUUUGAAAGUGUUAGUGCUCAUCAUAACGAAAAAAAGGAAAUGUCAUUUGAUAAUACGAUUGGCUUAUACCUUUUUUAUAUAAUGAUGUCAAAUAUUCGAAAUUCACUGUAGUUGGUCUUCUUUUAUGUCUGUGUACAUUCAAGUCAUAUCCUGCUUAAUUACCAUGUUCCAAUAAUAUUUAUAUAGGAUUGAUUCAAUCCUUUCAUUACCUUAAAUAAUAAGGUAUCAUCAGAGCCUAAAGCAACAUGGUAUUAAGAUUAAAUUUUCUUAAUUUAUUAUAUUGGACAGACACUGCUUAUGAACGAUACCAAUCUCUUUGUAUAUCAUAAAGUUAUUGUUAUUUUGAAUUCUUUUGACUUUUUAACCUUAUUUUAUUAAACAAAUGCUGCAAGUGAUUCAACAGGUGAUCACAACCUAGCAAUAUUCUUUUUAAUCAAAUAAGUUUACAAUCAUAUGUUAUUAUAAAAGGUCACAAGGUUUUGAUCGGCAAUGUGUAAGGUUGCAAGAGUUGAGAUCAGUCUUGUAUCAUUUUUAAUUGUAAUCAGUUAUAAGUUUUCAUAUAGUGGGAUCCACUUUGUAUUAUUUUGUUGCACUAUGGGGAUAUCUAACAAAAAACAUACUAUUAUUGUAUUUUUCUUAAAUUACUUAUUAGCAAUAUACCUUGAAUUUCAAUUAGUAUUAAUGAAAGUAGGCUGAACAUGAUGGUUUUUUUUUAGAACACUCAUGAAUUCAUAUGAAAAGGAGGGGAAAAGCCUGUGUGAGAUGUACAGUAGUUUGGUGUUUCUAGUAUUGUAAAGUGCAUGUAGAGAGAGAUUGGUUCAAUGUUUCCUGAAAUUAAAUGAUAAAUUUUUUUUACACAAUGAUAUACUUUAUAUAUUUAAAACUGCAAAGCCAAGAAAAAAAUAUUCAAGUACACCACCCCCCCCCCCUCCCCCAUCAUGAAAAAAAAAUAGAAAUGAUUUUGGAUACUGCUUAGAGGGUACUUGCUUAUAUUAAAAUUCAUUGUGAAAUCACCAUAUUUUCAAGAGAAGUUGUGUAAAAAUAAUGAGUGAUGAAAAUCUUAAUGCAUUACUGGAUGUCAUGUUUCAUGUGCCUUUGAGUUGUAAAAUGGUAAGUGAAGAAAUGUUUGAAAAUAGAUUAAGUUAUUGAGUGUUUCAGUUGUUUAACUAAAUUUUUGUUCAUGUUAAUGAUAUACAUUUGCACGAUAUAUACUGUUUAUCAAAAUCAGUGGUACUUCUUUUCUCUCAAUUUGAUUUAUGACUCCAAGUCUUUCAUUGCUAUAAAUCAUGAAAAUGCAAAAUUGGUGUAGCAUUUCUGAUUGUGAAAUUAUUGCUAUCACCUUGAGUUGUUGAAUGACCUUUGUAGGGUUGUUUAUAUUGUUUGUAUAAAGUCUUUGAACAUUGUAGUAUGCAUACAUGUAUUAUGCAAAUUUUUACAUAUUAAGUACUGAUGCUAGUAUUUAUUUUAGUUCCCAAAUAUUUGUUACAUAUAGCUAGAAGUUCAGAAUAAAGAAGUAUAACUUUGAA